GUGUUAGAAGUGUUGUGUUUGAUUAUUAACCAUUAACGUGAAGUUUUAAUCACAACUACGAAUAUUUAUGUUUUACUAAUAUAAAAUUAAUGUCAAAGAAAUACAACAAUAUAUAAUUAUAAAUUUUACUAAAUUAUUAUAUAUUUAAUAAUCCAAAAUGCAAAGAGAAGAAAAGCAAUUGGAUUCUGCUUUGGAGGCUAUUAUUAUGAGAGUAAACGAUUUAAAGACUGCAAUUGCUGCAAUGAUAUUUAAAUUGGAACAUGAAUAUGAAACAUUGAAUUGGCCUAAUUUUCUUGAUAAUUUUGCACUUAUUUCAGGGCAUCUAACCAGUCUCUCAAAAAUUCUUGGUCAUGAUAAAGCACCAAACCUAAGAAACUUAACAGUUUUACCAUUACGAUUAAGUCCAGAAAAAGAUGAUGAACUGCUUCGUUUAACUGAAGGUAGAAUUCCCACAUUUGCUCAUGAUUUAGUACCAGAUUAUCUGCGAACCAAAGUAGAACCUCAAGCUGAACAAAAAAUGAUCCAGCUUGAAGCAAAAGCUGCAAAUUUAAAUUAUGAAACAUCACAUGACUGCAAUAAACAAGUGGCUCAAUACACAAAAGUCAUUAAUCAUGUAUGGGAUAUAGCAAAUAAAGCACGUGAAGAAUGGGAAAGUGAAGCUGGGUCUAGAGCAACUCAAGCUCAAACAAGUAGUACUGCAGAUACUCAUGCACUUGUAGCAGCUGUAGGUAUGGGUAAAGGUUUAAAGUCUGAUUCUGUACAAAUGGUUCAGUCUGGUGUAAAUUCUGUACCUAGUGGAAUGAUGGUAGGUAGACCUGGAAAUCAACAACAAACUCCAGGGCAAGGAUCUCUAGGAAAUCCAUCUAUGGGACAAAUGAACAAAGCUCCAAGUGCAAUCAAAACUAAUAUUAAAGCAGCAUCACAAAUUCAUCCAUAUAGAUAAAAUAUAAUUUUGUUUUUAAUAUUGAUUUUAAUAUAAUAAUUAUCAAAUAAAAUAUUAUUUCUACCAUAAUUAAUUAUUUUCUGGUACAUGAACAAUAUAACAUU